CCAUUCUUCGAAAACCCUCGGCCUCCCUCGAUUUGGAGAUCGAAGAGAGAGAGAGAGAUGCUCGCCAGCGCCCGAACCAUCCUUCUCCGCCGCCUUUCCCUCAAAACCUCCUCCAUUUCUAGGGUUCCCUUUGUCCACUCCUUCUCGACGGCCUCGGGCUCCGGUGACGGUGGUGGCAACGAUGAUGCGUGGGGUGGCGCCGCAGGUGGAGCCUCCGUCCAUGAUUGGGGCGAGGAAGUCUCAUCCUGGUCGACGGGGCUUACAAAAGAUCACUUCGAUGGCGAGGCCGUCGGCCGCCAGGUAUCUCCCUCGAGCCCUGGCCAAGCCGUGUCGUCGGAGUUGGCAGCUUUGGACGAGGAGGAUGAGAUUUUGAGAAUGGUGGAGGAGGAUAACAAGGAGAAAAAGGCAUUUGUAGAUGGGUGGAAGGAUCGGAUGAUGGAAACGUAUAAACUUUUGAAGCAGGUGAGGGAGCCUGGGAUAAGGGGGGAGUAUCUCAAGGAUUCUGAGAAGGCUGAGAUGUAUCGGCUUCAUAAGGAGGAUCCGGAGACCUAUACAGUGGAGCGUCUGGCUAAGGAUUAUAGAAUCAUGAGACAGAGGGUGCAUGCGAUACUGUGGCUCAAGGAGAUGGAGGAGGAGGAGGAGAAGAAGCUUGGCCGGCCGCUUGAUGACUCCGUUGAGAUCUUGCUUGAUAAUUUCCCAGAGUUUUUUAAUUCCCAUGACAGGGAGUUUCAUGUAGCCUCUCUCCCCUACAAACCAGACUUCAAAGUCAUGCCUGAGGGUUGGGAUGGAACGACCAGAGAUCCUGAUGAGGUUCUUUAUGAGAUCUCUGUGAAGGAGGACCAAAUGCUUUAUGAAGAAUUUGUACAAAGACUGAACUUCAACAAGAAAAAGGUGGCUGGAGAAGUGAAAUGUCACAAGUAUAGCAGGAGGAGACCGUCAGAAGGAUGGAGCUUUACCGUUGAGAAAAUGGGACCUCGUGAUAAGCGUGGUAGUGGCGGAGGCUGGAAGUUUGUGAGCAUGCCCGAUGGAUCAAGCAGAUCAUUGAAUGAAAUGGAGAAAAUGUAUGUGAAGAGGGAGACUCCCAAGCGCCGAAGGAGAAUUCUACCACCUUUCAAAUGAUCGAAAAGCUGGUGCUUGCUGCAGAAUCUCUCGUAUGCUACAAAUAAUAUGAGGAAAUCAGAUUUCUGAGUACAGGCAUAGUACUUAAUUCCAGGUUUUUUUAAUCACCCACUGCAAUGGUGUUUUUCACUGCCAUUAUAUGGUUACUUCUGCCUGGACUUUUCUACUGAGUUUGAAGUUAUACUGAAUUUUGUUGAUCAGCAGGUCUGGACACUAUGAUCCUUGAUGGUCAUUGGUCAAAUAUUUCUUGUAAUUUGCAUUUGUAGAAUCUCUAGUAAACUUUGAUAUUUUGUCUUUUAAUUGUUGUUUGAUAUCUCUCACUGUUUGCGAUAAGAACUCUUUUCUUGUGUAGGCCCCUAUAACAAAUGUUUAUUUCCAAAGGUUAUCAAUUAAAACUGUACUUUAGUAUUGAUAGCUCCCCCCAAAGAGUCUGUUAAUCUGUGUAAGUAAUGUAGUGUCUUUGUCGGUUGAGCUUGUUGGUUCA